UUCUCCUUUGCUUUUUAUCUUCUCCGAUCAAAAUCUGGAGAGGGAGUGGAGUGAGGAAAAUGGAUCUACCUGAAGAAUGUUGGGAGCUGAUCUUUCGAUUCAUCGACGAAGACGACGACCAUCGAUCCCUCGAAUCUCUCUCCCUCGUAUCCGCCUCAUUCCUCUCCAUCGCCAACCGCGUUCGCUCCACCUUCACCAUCACCGAUCGCACUCUCCCCUUUCUCAACCGCCACCUCCUUCGCUUCCACAACCUGAGGCGCGUCAGGUUCCACGACUUCCACGGAGAUAUAAACUCGAUCCUCCUGCAGAUUUCCCUUUCCGGUUUAGAUUUGGAAUCGCUCGAUAUCUCAGGAAUGCAGUACUUUCCAGAUUUGAAGAAGAAGAUGAGCAGCAACAUGAAGGAGUUUAGCUGCUCUGGAGUCUUGGAGCUCCGAGAAAACGACCUCGUUUCGAUCGGAGUGUGCUUCCCGUCUCUCCAGAAGCUGGACAUAAGCUACCCUGAAUCUCUUCCUUGCCCCGUCUUUGAUUCCGCGAUCAUCAGCCUCUCUUCCAAUCUCAAGAACCUCUUGAAGAUCGACGUCUCUGGUAACAACCUCAUCACGGAUAAGUCUUUGCUGUCUCUAUCGGAGAACUGUGUCCUUUUAAGAGAAAUCAUCUUCCGUGAUUGUGAUUUCGUUUCGUCCCGCUGCAUCGAGUUCGUUCUGCGUAAUUCUCGUUACUUGGAGUCUCUUGCGAUCAACGGAAUCGGAUGGAGGCCGAGGGAAAGUUUCUCCAAGGACGCCUUCUUGUUGUGCCGUUGUUUGUCUGAGCUUGAUCUCUCCGAUUCGUUUCUGUCUGAUGAGUUGCUUCGUUUGAUUGCUGACGCCGAGCUUCCUCUGAAGAAGAUUGUUCUCUCCAAUUGUCAGUGUCUAACGUUUGAUGGGGUAUUGUAUCUGCUGACCAAGUAUCAGACUUUAGCUCACUUGAAUCUUGAAGGAUCUAGUUUCCUCUCUGAUGAGAUGAUUUUGGAACUGGUGGUGUUCCUUGGGAGUCUAACCUUUGUGAACUUCAGUUUUUGUGCCAAGUUAACUGGUGUGUCAUUCUUCAACAUCGUUGAAAGAUGUGUUUCCCUCCAGUGCAUGAGAAUGGAAGGGACCAAUUUUGGAGUGGAAGACGAUUCCAAGGAACUGGGUGUCAAGUCAAGGAUCAAGUCUUUGUACAUAUCUGGAAACCACAACUUGAGAGAUGAGUGUCUCCUCAAGAUAUCACGCCAUUGCCCUUUUGUACAAACUCUUGAAGUUGAUCAUUGUCCUGCCAUCACUGGAGAUGGGGUGCUUGAAGUCUUGAGGAAUUGUGGCGAGCUAACAUCUUUGGAUAUAAGCGGAUGCACUGGCAUAAGGAGUCUUGAUGCGCUAGACUUUGAGCUUCCAAAGCUGGAGUCUUUAAGAGCAUGUGGAACUUGGAUCGACAACCAAGCCCUAGGUUUUAUCAGCAAAAGAUGUCCAAGGUUGUUGCGUCUUCAUCUGAAAGGAUGCUUGAACGUGACAUCAAGAGGUGUGAAGGAAAUUGUGCAGAGCUGCACACGUUUAAGAGAAAUAAACCUUUCCAACUGUCAAGUUGAUGAUGGAAUUUUCAUUUGGAUGGUUUGUGCUAAUCCAUCUCUUAGAAAAAUUGUGCCGCCAUGUUGUUUUUCUCCAACUAAAGACCUCCACAAAUUCUUGCUACGCCAUGGAUGUGUGAUCUGCCAAGAGAUUCCAUAGCAAACCCCUGCCAAUAGAAGAAUCUGCAAAAUGGUCUAAAUGAACAUAUAUAUCUCACUUUCCAUGUUUAAGUUGUUGAUUUUUAUUCAAAUGUUAAGCCAUUAUUCUCAUGUUUAUCGAUGAUGGAAGUAAAACAUCACAACAUUGCAAAUCAAAGCCAGAAAAGUCGUAACAAAAAGUUAAGAACA